AUGCAACAAUUAAUUUUUAAAUUAAAUAUAAUGCAGCAACAAGAACUAAUUAUUACUUCAUCAAAGGAUAUAAUUAUAACUACAUCAAAUGGUAUAACAGCUAUACCAUUCGACAAUGAUCAACAUAAUUUACCAACAGCACAAACUAAUGAAGCAAUAUCAACUGAAGGCGUACCAAAUAAUCAUACAAAUGAAUUAGAAAUUAUAUCAUCAGAUGAUGGGGUACCUGGUGAACAACGACACCUAAGACAAGAAAUAUUAACUAAAGAAGAACGAAAGAAAAUACACAAUCGUUCAUGCACCUUGAAACAACGGAAGAAACAUUAUCGAUAUGAAAUUAUCCGAAGAGGAAUUGAUCAUAGAUUUACAAUCACAAAAAUAAAAAAAUAUUACAUGAAUUAA